AUGUCAUCACCAAUUGUAUGGCUCAAGGAGGGCCACUCCCUGAGAGGAGCAGAUGUGCUGCCAGUGAUUUUGAGAUUUAAAAAUUUGCAAGUGGACACUCUACAAGCACAAGAGUCACUAGCGAGCGUGUCGAAGAAGCAUUUGCUUCAUUCAUAUUCGAAAGAAGACCUGAACAGAGAGUCAAAAGGACUGACGGGACAUGAGGCGUCGGCUCUUCUCGAUCUGAUAGACGCGGAUGAUUCGGUAGAGAACCGAAGACAUAUGCUGCAUUGCGCAGUGUUACAGGCAAACAGUAUGGCACAGCCAGGCCAGGUGUUGUCCGCGACUACUAGUACGGUGCAGCCAGCCGAGCAAGAUACUACGUCGCAGGCCGAGCAAAAAGGAACAAGUGCGGAACAAGCAAAAGGAGUUAAGAGGGGUGCAACCGGUGAAAAAACCACUACAACCGGCGAGAGCUCUCGAGUGGACGAACUGGAAAAGUCUAUGAAAAAGUUAAAGCAGGAACAAGAGAUACUGCGUCCAGAGUGGAUCACGAGGAAGCAGAUUCCUACAAGUUGGCGCUGAAAAUGUGCCGGGAGAACGAUAAGUCUGGUUCUCUACAUACCUUGAUCACCAGGUUAGUGGGGACGGAACAAGCUAGGAAGGCGCAGGCGGCGGUGGAUACCUGGCGUAAAGCAAAGAAGAAAGAAGAAAAAGAAAAAGAAAAGGAGAAGGAGAGGAAGAUGGAACAGGGGGUUUAACUAAUCAGACUUACUCGAAUGUCCCGUAUCGUAGAGGGUUUAGGGGGAGACGAAAUUUCAGAUCCGGUCCUAGAGUUGGAUACGCCGCAAGAAAUUGUUAUUUGUGUAAUUCGUCAGAGCAUCUCAUUAGGGCAUGUCCUCAGAAUACGGCCAACGCCCCUCAACUAACAAAGGCCGAGUAAUUAUUGGUUUGAAAUAAGAAGGAAAAGAAAAAUUUGGUGAAUGUUAUGAUGAGAAAAGUGUGAUGCGGGUUUAAGAUUGUUAGGAAGCGGAUCGGUUAGUAUA